AGCAAGUUUGCAAUCAUUACCUACUUUCCACCCCAUCACUUUUAUACGAAUUUCUUUCAAAAUAACACUUGAAAACCCAAAGUAAUCUAACUUACCUUUUUACCCCAUCGUUUUCGAAACGAGGAACGCCCUUGCUCUUCGCUAUAUCCUGCGAUUUCUUUACUUAGUGGUUUCUGUUGAUACUGUCUGUCUUCGGGCACGAAAUUCGAGAUAGAUUCAAAAGAGAGCAGCAUUUUAUUGCCGAGAUAGCCUCUGUGCAAAGGUAAAAAAUAAUUUUCGUACAAACAACUUGGAUAUGUUUUGACAAGUAGCAUAGUCGAAUGAAUUAGGUAGAAUUACUUGAUCAAGAAAUAAUAAUCGUUUGCAGAUGGAAGAAUCUGUAAGUUCUUCGGAGCAACGUUCUAGUCCAACAGCGACUAUUCUCACGAACAAACGUGUUACUUUCUCAACUAAAACUCAAGAAUGCGUAUUUACCGCCACCGAAGAUGAGGAAGAAGAUGACGAUGUUAACAGAGACCUAAAUAGAAAGGAAGAAGAAUGUGAUUUACAGGAUGAAAGUGAAAGGUAUGAACAAACAUUACUUUGGAUAAGAAAACAUUCCGAAAAAGCUUUUGAAAAUGGAAAAAUUUAUCAUCAUGAAGCAGAAAACGAGGCAUUUUCACCAGAUAAUAUAAUUGUAAUCGAAGAACCUAUGGGAGAGCCUACUUUACAUUGUCAUUGUAUAGUUGAAAAGCCUCCGACACCUGAGAUGAACAGUUUAGAAUUAGGAAUAGCAACUGCCUCCUUUUUGACUUUUGUAUUAAAUUCGGCUAUAUUUUCUUCAAUUACCCUAUUUUCUACACAAUUCCGUCUUUUACAAGAAAUACAUCCCGUUGUUGUUGGUUUUUGCGCAUCUUUAACUAUGACUUUUGCAGCUGUUGGCGGUUUAAUUGGAAGUAAAUUACUAGUUAAAAAUGGACCAAAAUCGAUAUCAAUAGUUGGUUGUCUUAUGUGCUUUGUUGGUUUAAUAAUCAGUUCAAUUUGCAAUCGAUUCUUAUUAAUAUGCCUUACAUUUGGUAUAAUUACUGGAAUGGGUAUUGGAGUUCAAAUAGUUUCAAACUAUAUCUCAAUAAGUUACGGAAUAAGACAACAAUAUAAAAAUUCUGCACGAGUAAUUUCUCUAAUUGGAUUAUUUUUGGGUCCUAUUAUUUUUCUACCUAUUCAACAAUUGUUAUUAGAUAUUUAUUCUUGGCGAGGAACGUUUCUUAUAUUCAGCUCAAUUUCAUUAAAUUCGCUACCAUUUGCUCUACUCUUACCCAGAAAGCUGACAAUCGAUGAUAAUGAUAUGCUAAAUCAACCAAUUAAUUUAUCUCCAUUCUCCAAAAUCCUGCCAGCCUUGGAUUUUUUCACGGCAAUUAUGACUCACGUUGGAGCUGUAAUUUACUUUUAUUACUCUUAUCAGAAGGCAAUUUAUCUCAAAAUAACAUCUUCAAAAGGGAAAUCUCAAACAGUUAAUUAAAGUAGAAUUAAUUAAGAAAUAAAUAUAUUAUUCAAUGUUAUGUGAGAAAGUAGCUAUAAAAAAGAGAACAAAAGAUAUUAGAAAAGUAAAACAUCAUUAAUUUUUAUAUUAAAUAAUACUAAGGAUAGGUAGUUUGUUAUUUAAUCAACAACAAACUUUUAGGGAGUUGUAGCUCCGUCUUUAUAUAAUUGGAGAAUCCCUUUUGUAGCAACGAUUAUUUUAUGCAUUCAAUUAGCUUUUGCCCUUCUCGCAUUUUUAUUUGCAAGUAAAGUUACAAUUUGCCGAAAGCGUUUUGUAAAGGGCUUAUCGUCAUUAAUAUCUGGAUUGAUGCUACUUAUAGGAGCUGCAACAAAUACUUUCUAUCCGAUGCUUCUCUGCUCAGGAAUUUUUGGGACAUUUUACUCUAUAGCAACAAUACUGCAGUUCGAUAUCAGCAUUAUAACAUCGCUAUUUUCUAUUACUAUGGCUUUUUUUAUAGCUUUACCUCUCGCUGGAACUAUUGAAACUGAGUUAAACCUUGAUCGAGUUUUUCUAAUAUCUGGAUGUACUCAUUCAUUCAGCGGAUUAAUUCAAUUUCUCGUCUCAAUUUUUAUGACUGAUAACCCAAUUACAAACUUUACGAAGAGAAUUAAAGACAGAGAAUCCACACUAGUCUAAAUAGAAAAGAAAUGUUUAAAAAGACCUGUAAAUUAUACUACGAUUUCCCGAUGAUAUUGACAUUAAAAUGUCUAGUAAAAUAAUGAAUUUUUAUUAUUUUAAUAUUAUUUUCUUUAUUUUCG